AGCACAAUCUACCGUGAUGUCCGAGUAGUCAAUUGAGGAUGCAAACGUGUGACGGAUGUGAAGAAACUGGUGAAACGAGCAUGGCUAUGAGCAACGGGAAUGGUGACUUCAUGGUUCAGAGCAAUGGCAGUGUCCCAUCAAAUGCUAACGGUAACAGCAUCGCUGCAGCCUGUGAUGGAGACCACCUCUCUGGGCACCUGUCAGCCAAGGAGACUUCAAGGGCAAAAGUGAGUCACAACAGUGGUACUCUGCCAAAUGGUACUGUUAAGCCUUCUUGCCUCUUCACAGACAAUAUGAUAAACAACCAAAGACCUGUGGCAUUGCUGCCACAAUGUUGCCACCAUUGUCCAUACCAUCAUCCUUUGUGUUGUCACAGUAACCAGCCAGAUUGCCAUUCUUUGGGAAAUACCACCAUCACCUCUCCAUUGACUCCUUCCUGCCUGCAAACUCACUCCGAGUACCCAACAUCUGUGUGCCAAAGCACUUCCCCUCUCCAUCCGGCCAGCUGCUGCCUCCAGCCUGUCUCUUCUCUCAUCGAUCACACUCCCCUUUGUCUUCAUCAUCGGUGGCCUGACCAUUUCCAGCAUCAACCUGUGCAACAGCAACACAUCCCUGACAUCAGACCUCCAAGGCUUUUCCGAUUUCCCCGAAGUUAUGCAGCUCUGAUAGCUGACUGGCCAGUGGUGGUCCUAGGGAUAUGCACAGUACUCAUUGUGAUCUGUGCACUGGUUGGAAUUCUGGUACCAGACCUCCCCGACUUCUCGGACCCACUGCUGGGCUUUGAGCCAAGAGGAACAGCGAUUGGCCAGAGAUUGGUCACCUGGAACAACAUGGUGAAAAACACAGGAUAUCAAGCCACACUUGCAAAUUAUCCUUUCAAAUACGCAGAGGAACAAGCCAAAAGUCAUCGAGACGACCGAUGGUCAGAUGAUCCCUAUGACAGAGACAAGCGGCAGGCAGAGUGGAAUUUCCACAAGGACAGCUUCUUCUGUGAUGUUCCCAGUGACCGAUACUCUCGGGUCGUGUUUGCUUCAGCAGAUGGGGAAAACUUGUGGCGAACGCAAUCAAUUAAAUCAAUGUGCAAUCUUGACAAUGCCAGGAUCCGUUCACACUCGCAGUUUGGGGAACUUUGUCAGAGGACCUCAGCUGCCUCCUGCUGCCCCAGCUGGACACUGGGCAACUACAUCGCCAUCCUCAACAAUCGAUCGUCCUGCCAGAAAAUCACCGAGCGAGACGUGGCGCACACGCUGAAACUCCUCCGCUCCUGUGUUAAAUAUUACCACAACGGGACCCUAGGGCCGGAAUGCUGGGACAAGACCACGCGUCGUAAAGACCAGCUCAAGUGCACAUCUGUGCCGCGCAAGUGCACCAAGUACAACGCUGUUUACCAAAUCCUUCAUUAUUUGGUGGACAAAGACUUUUUGAGCCCACAGACAUUGGACUACGUGAUUCCAGCAUUAAAGUACAGCAUGCUGUUCGUCCCCACUGAGAAAGGGAAAAGCAUGAUGGACAUUUACUUGGACAAUUUUGAGAACUGGAACUGUUCAGAUGGUGUCACCACCAUUGCAGGAAUCGAGUUUGGGAUCAAGCACAACUUGUUCCAGGACUACCUUCUGAUGGAUACUGUGUAUCCUGCCAUUGCGAUUGUGGUUGUUCUGUUGAUAAUGUGCAUGUACACCAGGUCCAUGUUCAUCACUUUGAUGACCAUGUUCGCCAUCAUCAGCUCCUUAAUCGUCUCCUACUUCCUCUACAGGAUUGUGUUUGGCUUCAAGUUUUUCCCCUUCAUGAACCUCACAGCACUGAUUAUCCUGGUGGGGAUAGGGGCUGAUGAUGCCUUUGUGCUGUGCGAUGUCUGGAACCAUACCAAGUUCGACAAGCCCAAGGCUGAGUUGGCGGAAACCGUGAGUGUCACCCUGCGUCACGCGGCCCUCUCCAUGUUUGUCACCAGCUUCACCACCGCAGCUGCCUUCUACGCCAACUAUGUCAGCAACAUCACUGCCAUCCGCUGCUUUGGUGUCUACGCUGGCACUGCCAUCCUGGUCAAUUACAUUCUGAUGGUGACUUGGCUGCCAGCGGUGGUGGUGCUGCAUGAACGUUACCUGUUACACUUUUUCCAGUGCGGUGAGAGGCCUGGCCAGCGAGCUGAGCACAACGGCUACCUGGCCCAGCUCUGUUGCCGGCUGCAGCGCCUCCUGCUGGCUGCCUCCGAGACCUCCCGCAUAUUCUUCGAGAAGGUGCUGCCCUGCAUCGUCAUCAAGUUCCGCUACAUCUGGCUCUGCUGGUUCCUUGCCCUGACCGUCGGCGGCGCCUACAUCGUCUGCGUGGACCCCAAGAUGAAGUUGCCGUCGCUCGAGCUCUCCGAGUUCCAGGUCUUCCGCUCAUCGCACCCCUUCGAGCGCUACGAUGCCGAAUUCCGCCGGCUGUUUGUGUUCGAACGGGUGCACCACGGUGAGGAGCUACACAUGCCCAUCACGUUGGUGUGGGGCAUUGCCCCCGUGGAUGCUGGCGACCCCCUCAACCCACACAACAAAGGCCAGCUGCGGCUGGACUCGACGUUCGAUGUGGCCAGUCCCAGCUCACAGCUCUGGCUUCUGCACUUCUGCCAGCGCCUGAGGAACCAGAGCUUCUUUCACCAGACCGACGAGCAGGACUUCACCAGCUGCUUUGUGGAGACCUUCCGCCAGUGGAUGGAGAACCAGGACUGUGAGGAGCCCACCUUGUACCCGUGCUGCAGCCAGUCCACCUUCCCCUACAAGCAGGAGGUGUUUGAGCUCUGCAUCAAGCGGGCCAUCAUGGAGCUGGAGCACAGUACUGGCUACCACUUGGACAGCAAGACCCCGGGGCCCCGCUUUGACAUCAACGACACCAUCCGGGCUGUGGUGCUGCAGUUUCAGAGCACCUACCUCUUCACGCUGGCCUAUGAGAAGAUGAGCCGAUUCUACAAAGAGGUGGAUGCCUGGAUUGUGGAGGAGCUGAAAGCUGCUCCAGCUGGCCUCAGCAAUGGCUGGUUUGUCAGCGGCCUGGAAUUCUUUGACCUUCAGGACAGCCUGUCCGAUGGCACCCUGGUGGCCAUGGGCCUGUCGGUGGCCGUGGCCUUCAGCGUCAUGUUACUCACCACCCGCAAUGUGGUGAUUAGCCUCUACGCCAUUGUCUCCAUCACAGGCACCAUCUUUGUCACAGUGGGCUCAUUGGUGCUUCUGGGCUGGGAACUGAAUGUGCUGGAGUCUGUCACCAUCUCCGUGGCUGUGGGUUUAGCUGUCGACUUUGCCGUCCAUUACGGUGUGGCCUACCGCCUGGCGCCAGAGGCAGACCGCGAGGGGAAGGUGGUCUUCUCCUUGAGCCGUAUGGGCUCAGCUAUUGCCAUGGCCGCCCUGACCACCUUUGUGGCUGGUGCCAUGAUGAUGCCCUCCACGGUUCUGGCGUACACGCAGCUCGGGACCUUCAUGAUGCUCAUCAUGUGCAUCAGCUGGGGCUUUGCCACCUUCUUCUUCCAGUGUAUGUGCCGCUGCCUGGGGCCACAGGGCUCCUGUGGCACCAUUCCUCUGCCCAAAAGGUUGCAGUGCCACUGUUUGACACUGCCCCCACCUCCCCAUGGUGGUCGCAGGCCGAGAGAGGGCAAGAGGGCCUGCCGUACCCACAAACACCAGCCAGCUGGUGGGGAGGGCAAUCACCUGGACACUGAGCAUGAACAUUAUGAGCUGGAGCCCCUGGCCACCAGGGAGGGUGGUGAGGCUGGGGAGAAGAGACCAGGCACCAUGGGCGACAGCGAAGAACUGCGCACCGAUCCUCGGCUAUUGAACGGGACCCGAGUACCCACCUGCCGCCCAGGCAGACCGAACCGGCCAACAACCAACCUGCCGAUGCAAACCAAGCCACCGCUGCCUCCGAUCCGUUUUGUCCAGAUGAGCACACGCCUGAACAGUGUCCCACACUCCCUGGACAGCGUCACUGCCCGAGUUCACACCAACCCCCAUUAAAGCCCCUCCUCCACCACCCUCAGAGGGUUGAGGGGCAGUACUGGGGGAAGAAGCGGAGCAAGGGCAACCUGGAGUCUUCAACAUCCAGCAGGCUGUGAGUGGUUUCUCAUCCCAUUUCCUUGAUGCCUCGCUCUUCAGGGGUAACAUGUUGCCACUGCCGGCCAGACAGCCUGGAGAGUCGUGCACGUGCCCACAUGGCAGUGCCACCUCAGUGACUACAAUCCCACCCCCCUGCAAUCCACUCCCUCAUUCACCAUCCUGUACCCCAUCCCUCUCCCCCACCUCCCUCCAACCCAUUCCCUCACUCACCGUCCUGUACCCCAUCCCUCUCCCCCACCCCCCUCCAACCCACUACCUUACUCACCGUCCUGAAAUCCAAACCUCUACCCCACCCCCUCCAACCCACUCCCUCAAUCACCGUCCUGUACCCCAUCACUCUCCCACAGCCCCCUCCAACCCACUCCCUCACUCACCAACCUGUACCCCAUCCCUCUCCCCCA